CUGCUAGAUGUUCGAAUCGAUUUCGGUAGCAAAUGUGAUCCGGAAGGUAAUUGUGUUCACAGACGGUACCAGUGAGACUGUGAACCACACAUUUUACCAUAAUUUAUGUUCUACUGUAGAAGGCUUCACAUGCGCUUUUGUUGCUUCCGAAAAAAGUUGUUUUUUUCAAAAACACCAGUAAUGAUGACGUCGUAGGAUUUCACCGGCCAGACACCGUCAUGAUAACCGAAUCAACUCUGUCAAUUUAGCAUCGUCAUAGAUGCUCUGCCCAGACCCGAAAAAUAAAAUAAAAUAUACAUACAACUGUACAAUGGUUUCACGUGUGUUGUCACAAAUAAGCACAUGCUUUGAAUCGAGUUUCUUUACAAUUGAUAUACAGCCGUUGGCUUUGGCUGGGUGUGAAAUGGUAAAUAAAACUGAUAACAAAUGCUCGUGACGAAUUCGAAUUCAGUUGGUAAUGUCGGUUUGAGACAGCAAGAUGGAACAGCUGCAACGGAAUCCGGCCGACCAAAGAAGUGGCGUAGCGGAGCUUCGCGAACAUUUUGAGGCGGCGAAGAAACGGAAUGCUAUGACAAUUCUGGCACCAGCAAGCGACGAGGUUAACCAGGGUCACUCCAAGGCCAAAGAUGACACUACCAAAUGUAGGCGUAUUUAUAUCGCCCGGCAUGCUGAGAGAGUGGAUUUCACAUUUGGAAAUUGGACUCCGUAUAGUUUCGAUGCAGCAGGGAAUUACAUCCGGAGGGAUUUGAACAUGCCGAGAACUUUGCUGCAAAGAAAAAGUUGUCACUGGAAGCGGGACACUCCGUUGACAAAUCUUGGUCGUUAUCAGGCUCAUCUAACGGGAGAAGCGAUGAAGGAUGCUGGGGUUCAGAUUGAUCUAGUGUAUAGUUCUCCAUCAUUCCGAUGCAUUCAGACUGCUUCAUCUAUUCUGGAAGGCUUAGGUCUUCUGGAAACCAUUCCAAUUCGAGUGGAACCUGGUCUGUUUGAAUGGUUGAUGUGGUGUAGAGAGGGACUGCCAGAGUGGCUCUCAAACGAGGAACUUGUUAGCUCGGGAUACAACAUUGCUAUGGAUUACAAACCAAUUUCGACGGCUCAAGAUUUGAGUCAGAUAUUAGACGAGAGCUUGUCUGAAUAUUAUAGAAGAAACUCGGAAUUGGCCGAUCAACUGUUCAGAACAACAAAUGGUAAUAUUCUGAUAAUAGGUCAUGCGGGCACUUUGGACACUUGUACUCGGCACCUAGAGGGGGGUGGUGUCCCAACGACAGCUGAUUUCAUCAGGUUGUUACUUAAAAUUCCCUUCUGUAGUGUAGUUGCAAUUGAGUCAGCGGUUUUGGAUGGCAAUCGUUGGAAAUUGGUAGAUCCUCCCUGUGCUCCAAUGACUAACACUAAAAAUGAUCGUUUUGAUUGGAAGGUUUUGAAGUGAGAAUUGCUAGGACUUCUCGGUCCUGGAGUCAGGGAGAUGAAAUUAAUUUGAAAAUAGUAGGUUAAUCCGUAUCGGUUCGAUAAUUAAUUGUCUUUAGUGUAUCGAUCUUCUCGGAAAAAAUUUCCCGAUCAUUAUUCACAGAAAAAUAUGCACUGGUUCGUCACAUUAGAAUACUGUUACAUAGUUUUUUUGUGUCGCAUAAAAUCAAUCAUUUCGUUAGCUAUUUGCAUUACUUGUUGCGGAAGAGGAGCUUUUAUUUUUUUUACUGACAACAUACCAACCACACAGUUCGAAAAACUCUUGUGAUUUUACAUCUUAUAAGAUCCAGCAUCAUAUUUCACACAAAUUCUUAUUCAAGAACAUGUAAAAUUGUGUGAUUUGAAAAUUACAUGGCUUGAGUUCGAAAAAAACAAAAGAUCGUUAGCAGCAGCACGACUUGAACCCAGAAACAUUAGAUCACAAGCACAUCGGUUACUCCACUGAACCACAGAGCUCAUAUCUGUUCAUUGAAUAAUUGAUACAUAUAAAUCCAUAAAGCGGCACUUGGUAGCCGAGUACAAAUUACACUCGGCAUUGUGGAAUUCGGCCUUUGAAUCAGGAUAUAUUCAAUGUGUAAAGAAUUCAAAAAUCCAUUACGAAUCAAUGAGUUUUUUUUACAAGCCAACAAAACAAGUGGUAAGCCCACUGCGCUCAAUCUCUGUAAAUAUUCCUGAUUUCUAUGUGUCGGUUUUUCUUGUUAUGCUUUGUGCGACGUUUCGGCAAACUCAAGCGGUUAAAAUUUUGCGCGCCUUGUAUGAGACUACAUUUCACCUUAAGUGUGUGUGUUUCAUCGGCUGUGCACAGAGAUGCCAGAUAUUUUCGUAGAAAAUAUGUAUUGCUUUGCAUAAAAAGUUUUGCAUAUCUGCACUAUCUGUUUUCACUAAUAAAAUGAAAUUUCUAUGAUAAAAGUAUGGUAAAAGAUAAUUCUAUCAUAUCAUAGUGAUUCUAGUGGCUAAAUCAGGUUUCUAAGGUAACGUUCUAACAAAUGAGAUUAAAUAGGGUGCCCUUACCCUAGUUAUCUCACAGUGUUGAAAAUUUUUAUCAUAAAUUGCUGAUUAUAUUUCUGAUGACAUGGAAAAAGAAUUUUGUUGUUGCGUUUAGUACAACUCGAGAUAUUGACGAACAAGUUCUACCCAUUCUUUCACAGGAAGAAUUUUGAAAAGGUGUCCCACAUUAAAGUAAGACAUAUUCACGUCAAAUACAAUGAAACACAACAGU